AUGAGCGCCAAACGGAGCAAGGACGAGGCGUCCGGCUUCGGGGCGGUGCCCGGAGGCCCACAAGCCGAGGUGGUGUGGCGGGCCGAGGUGCCCGUGGUGGAACCGACCCGGCCGACAGGCAAGAUGAAGGACAAGGAGCUCAACGCGGUGCUUGCCGGGCACGGUAAGGUGCUGGGUGGCCCCAUCUCGGACAUGGUGACCUGGGACCUUGGCGCGGUGGCCACAGGCUUGCUGGAGGGCGGGCCCGAGCUGCCCAACAUGCCGCAGGCUGUCGCCGAGGCUGCCAAUGUGCUGCUGGCCGGCGCCAUGCCCGGCGGCCCGCCCCAACGCAUCUCCGAGUACACCGGGUCCAACCGGUGGAAGCUCGCGGCGCGCAAGGUGCUCGAGGCUGUGGAGGCCGGUGGCAAGCGCGAGGGCCUGUGCGUCGGUGGCCCGCCGCAGCCGGAGCUGGUCUUUGGUGUUGCGCUGGACGACCUGCUCCAGCGCGAGGGCGGGCGCAUCCCGUACGUCAUUGCGCUCGCGUUGGACUACCUCGCCCGCGACGACUAUGCCUCGUGUAAGCUGACUGGCAUCUUCCGGCUCUCUGGCGCCACCUCGGAUGUCGAGCUGUUGGUGGAGACCUUUAACUGGGGCCGUGCCGACGUCAACCUCGACGCGAUCACCAACGAUCCCAUUGCGGUCGCCGCCCUCAUUAAGCUUUUCCUUCGCCAGCUCCCUGAGCCGCUCAUCACCUACGAGUGCAACCCGGUGUUCCUUGGCCUCGCGGCCAACCCGACCGUUGACACGGUUGCCGACGCCAUCCGCGCUCUCCCGCAGACCAACGCCGAGCUCCUCCUUCAGAUCUGCACCUUCCUCAACAUUGUUUCCACCUUUGCCGACGUCAACAAGAUGGCGUCCCACAACCUUGCUAUUGUUGUGGGACCCAACAUUCUUCGUCUGCCCAACGUUUCGCCGCUGGAGGAGAUCGCUAUGUCGUCCAAGGUCUCGACCAUCUCGCAGUUUAUGAUCGAGUAUGCGUACGACCUCGCCCACGCCACAGACUGUCCCAAUGCCGAUCGCAUCUACUACGACCAGUUGUAUCCGCCCGAGGUCUCUGCCGAGGCCACGUCCAAGCUCGCGUCAACGCUCGCUGGGCUGGACUCUUCAUCCGAUGGCGACGACGACGACGUUGGCGCCAGCGCCGCAGCCGAUGUUGCCGAAGCUGCACCGGCUGUCGAAGCCGGCGUCGAUGCUGAGACCGAGGCUUCCGAGGCACCGGUUGCUGACGUGCUGGAGUUGACGGAGGAGUCGGCCAAGCCGACGAGACAGGCAAAGGUGUCUGACGGCGGGUUUGGAUCCGGCAUCGGGCUCGUGGCAGCGGCAGCGGGCGCGGCGGCGGCUGUUGCCGACGACAGCGGCGCGGGUUCGUCGGACGCGAUUGCUGCCAGCGACAGCGAGUAUGGUGCCGCCGAUAUCACCCCCACAGGGCUGGCCACGCCCCGCGAGGUCAUCGAGGCGCUUCGGGCCGACGGCGUGCCAGUCUACACUGGCGCCGAGAGCGAGAGCGAGAUCCCGUCGCCGCCUGCAGACGAUCCACCGACCGAGGCCAUGCGCAUUGUUGUCGAAAAGAUGGCAGAGUCGGAGUAAAAUCGGCCAGCAAACCAA